AUGCCACUACGAAGCAAGAGAACAGUUAGAGUGCAUGAAAUCCCCGCAGGCACUUCCGAGAAACAAUAUCUUGACUUCGUUGAGCAUCUUUGCACCAAACCAAAGAAGCCCUCUAAGCUCCAUUUCUCCCGGGUUACCAGGCACCUCAAAGAAAAUUUUCGAUCGACAGCAUCAAGAUCAGUACCAACAGAUGUGGCAGACGAAGAUUCAAGGUCAAAGGAUGAGGCCGAACUCGGUCCUCCGACUCUAAGAGGUGAAGGGGAGCAAGCUGAACCAUUUCUUUACGAUCCUCUUUCGACCGCAAGGGCAUGGCCAAGGACCACCUACAGUCACCAGAACGGCCACCUCAUUGGCACAGUAUCUUUUGAGAGUGAGACUCUCAAGAAGCAAGCCCUGGAUCGACAUGAGAAGGAUAAGAAGUCUCGUUGGAAAGACUGGCUCGUAGAGGACAACUUCGGGGAAAUCACUGUUCUUUAUGAAGGGCCUGAUGCAAAGUUUGAUAUCUGCGCGGUCCACGGACAGGAUGGCAAUGCUAUGGACACCUGGACUGCUGGUAAUGGCACAAUGUGGUUGAGAGACCUUCUACCAGAGCAUGAGAACUUCAAGAAUAGUCGAAUCAUGACUUUUGGUUAUGACUCGGACCUAACGGACAGGAUCACCGUUAUGGGACUCAAUGAUUGGGCAGCAACCUUAUUACGGUCUCUUGACGAAGUGCGAAUUGGCGACAAGGCCAUGUCACAGUUAGACAGUGCACCUAAAUACAACCACAUCGCUCUGCCUCGAUUUGGAAUCGUGUUCCUGGCUACACCACAUAGUGGAUCAACAGUAGCCGAGUGGAACGACUUUUUGGUAGCAGCCGCCCAUGUCCUCGGAGGCGUUAGAAUAGAGUCAGUCAAGACACUGCAGCCGUUCAACCCCGCAUCCGUCUGGGAUGCUCAAGCAUUCAUCCAUCUGAAGCCCUGCCCACCCUUUCGAUGUUUCGCCGAGGGACGCAUGAUGCGCGUGGGACACACAGACAAACAUGUUGUGACACUAUCAUCAGCUACGCUCGGCAACCAACAAGCAUUCCAGAUCAUGGCAGUUGAUCACGUUUCUAUAUGCAAGUUUACGUCGAGACUGGGACCCUUCACGACAAUCAGUAUGGCACUGUGGGAAGUGCUCAAUGAAGUGACCAAUGGUGGAGCAGAUCAGCCCAAAGCUCAAACAGAACGCCGUGUACCAACCCAUGAUGAAACAGAUCCAGCAGUACAGUCCUAA